GGAGCAACUAUCGACAUUAGGUUCUUUUUUACCCAGGGAUCUAACCUCAGAGAUUCUUUUACGAUUGCCUGCCAAAUCUGUUGGGAGAUUUCGUUGUGUGUCGAAGCUUUGGUUAUCAAUCACCACCGAUCCAUGUUUCAUCAAGUCGUUUGGAACUACACGACCAAGUCUUCUACUCUGUUCAAUACAAGGUCACAAUAUGUUUGUUACUCCUUCUACUAUCAGGUCAUACUCUUCUUCUCAGCCUAUUUAUCCUUAUCCUAUGAAAGUUCUAGGAGAACAUUGUUACUUCUCCCAUAUGGAUUCCGUGCAAGGUUUGAUCUGCAUUGUAGAUGUAGACUCCCUGAAGCCCCUAGUUUGGAACCCGACCAUGGGACAAUUAUUAGUUUUACCAAAACCCAAAUUGAGCUCCAGACAUAUGAACGUGUUUUUAGGAUAUGAUCCAGUCACACAAAGUAGCAUCUUUUCCCCAAAGAAAAACAUGCUACGUCUGCCGAGUUUUUACCUUGGGAUCAGGGCAAGAAUCAUGGAGGACCGUCAAAACUAACAUUGAGCAUAGUGUUGCCUUUGCUUCUGGUCGAUGCAUCAUGGGGGUGAUAUAUUAUCUAGCUUUUAAAAGUGAAGGGUAUGAUGCGGUUGUUAUGAGCUUUGAUGUGAGAUCCGAAAUAUUCCAUAUGAUAGAACUACGCUCAAGUAUUCAUUGGGAUUCGCUGAUAACUUACAAGGGGAGAUUAGCUUGUAUUGAUGCAAAUAAUGAUAAAAGAUUGUGGAGUUUGGAGGAUGCAACAGAUAAACACAAGUGGUCGUUUCAAGACUUUCUCUCACCUUUAUACAAGAUGUUUGAACUACAAGGUUCCACUCAUGCUGAUGAUUGUUGGGUGUACAUAAGACAGAAUCUCAGGUUAUAGAGACACCAAAACAAGAAAUAUUUUGUUUGUUUUUACUAAGAUGUUUUCACAAUUUAAGAACCAAACUGAGAUGUGUUUUUGAUAUAUA